UCAGAUGUCAGUGAGUUUCACUUCUCAGCGAUACAGGAAGCAAAAGCUGCACUAUAUAAAUCAACAGCAGAGAAGCAGAGAAGACAUUUGUUCUCAUGUAGAACAAACGUCAGGAGCCAUUUUCAUCUUGGCAAAUACAUCAUCAUUCUGCAGUUAUUCAGUAGCUGCUGCUUGCACCACUGGGGACCUGGCAAGAUGCUACAAUCUGUGAUAGUGGUGCUCAUGCUUCUCCCUUGUGUCUGUGGAAAAAACCCUGCAAUACAAGUCACUCUCAACGACAAAGGACUUCAGUACGGAAAACAUGCAGGCACAGACUGGAUUCAGGAGAAAUUGGAGCGUGUCACUUUCCCUGACAUCACUGGUGAUGUCUUAGGCUUCAUACACUACACACUAACAGGCACCAGAGUGAAACAGUGUGACCUUCCAGAGCCGUCUGUUCAGUUCUACCCUGAUGCCAAAGGAAUCAAGACGUCCAUAUCAGGCCUGAAUAUUGCACUAACGGGGGGGUGGACGACACACUGCGGCAUAAUACAUGAUGGAGGAUCAUUCGACAUGGCUGUAUUCAGCGUGGAUGUGGCCUCAGUGGUGGAGCUGGGGAAUGAUACUAACGGGCAUCUGUCUGUCACCAGUGUCAAAUGUGAUGCUCAGGUUGGAGGUGUGGAUGUACAAUUCCACGGUGGAGCCAGUUGGAUCUUCAAGCCAUUUGUGAAGUAUUUCAAGGACCGUAUCAGCAGCGAAAUACAAAUGAACAUUUGCAGUAAUGUGAAGAAAAUCAUUGAAAACUUGGAGCAAUACCUACAGGCCACAAAUGUUUCCUUAGAUUUGGAUCGAGUUCUUACUUUUGACUUCCCUCUCACUGGCUCACCUGACGUUAAUGUUUCAAGUCUACAUCUGGGUUUCAAGGGAGAAUUCUACAAUACCAAAACUCAUGUGGAGCCUCCAUUUGAGGCCCAGCCUUUCACCAUGCCUGACCAGCAAGGCUACAUGUUGUCGGUGGGCCUGUCUGAAUUCACUCUGAACUCUGCCUCAUAUGCGCUCUACUCAGCUGGAGUUUUUCAGGCCGUCAUCAAUGACAGUAUGAUUCCUCCAGGCUCACCUGUGCACCUAAAUACCAGCUUAAUGGGGCCCUUCGUUCCUGAGCUUCCCAAGAUGUUUCCAGGGCUGAUGAUGAAUCUGCAGGUUUACGCCAGAGAGGUUCCAGUGUUUUCCUUCCAGCCUGAUGCUGUUAAACUGAGCUUCCAGGGUGCCGUCAAGGCCUUCGCCAUUCAGAGAAAUGGUACCCAGACCCCACUGUUCAAACUCAAUGUUGACUCAGAAUUCAGCAGUAAAGUGUGGAUCGCUGGUGGAAGAGUGAAAGCUUCAAUUUCAAUGGACAAUUUAACACUGACGCUGGCAGGAAGUGAAGUGGGAACUGUUAAGAUUGAUGCGUUGGAAAGCCUUGUGAAGAUGGGAGUGAAAAUUGCUUUGGUAAAACUGAACAAUCAGCUGAGCGAAGGUAUUGUUUUACCCAGAAUGAAAUGGGCACAGCUGGUGAACUCAGUUCUGAAGGUGGAGCAGGGAUUUAUAGCCCUCGCUUCAGAUGCUCAGGUACUGCUAACAGACGGAGGAUUCGACUGACAAAACAAACAGACACACAGGCCUGUGUAACUCUGGUACAUCAAACAUGAGUGCUCUUCAACUCAGCUCAAAUUCUUAAAAGUAGUAUCUGACACACACAUGGUGAAAGCACCAGUGUGUUUCAAAAGUAAAAUUACCCCAAUCUGGGUCCAAGACUGGAAAAGGUACACGGUACAAAAUUAACUCAUAAUUCACACAUUUUCAACCCUCAUGUCAAAUCAGCACUGAUUAAACCUGCACUUCAACUUCAGAACUGCUUUUAAGUGUAUAUAUACACAGCUUAAAAUCUGAUUUCCUCCUACAUAAUAAUAAAUAAAAUAUUUUUAUGUUUUCAGA